AUGUCUCCAACAAUUAGCUCCGAAGACUUGUACAGGAUCUUCAAGAAGCUAGACAAGAAUGGUGAUGGCCUCAUUUGCCUUCAAGAGCUCAAGUGGCUCUUCGAUCGAGUUGGGGUCGAAUUAACCAUGGAGGAGUUGGAGUCUUUUCUAGAGAAACCGAGCCUUGACUUCGACCAGUUCUUGUUCUGUUACAAGUCCAUAUCCAAACAAAACAAAGGUGAGUGCGAAGAGGAGGAUGUACUGGGGUGUCUGGAGGAAGAUGAUCAUGAGGAAGAUAUGGAGAUGAUAUGUAUGGCUUUUAAAGUGUUUGAAAUGAGUGACGAUGAUGGCUUCAUUUCUUGCGAUGGACUCGAAAACGUGUUGGCAAGGCUUAAUGAGUAUGACCAACGUCUUCAACAAUCUGAAAGACAAAGAAAAGUUGAAGUACAAGCACUCAAGCAUCAAAUUAUGGAAUUAGAAAACCGUUUUGAGGAUAGAUUUAAAACUAUAAUGACAGAGAUGCAUAAGCGUCAUGUUUCGAGUUGA